UAUUAUGUCUUCUUUUCCUCCCUCUUUUCCUGCCAGUUAACGCUGUGAAACACUUUAGUUAAGUAUUAACGAGGUCUAAAAGUCUUUUAGCCAUCACUAUUUGCUCGUCAGCUUGGCCAUUUGUCUGGAUGUUACUGAUUAAACAGCUCUGGCGAGCUUCUCUUUGAAACCGAGCGUGGACAAUAGCAUGCAAUAGAACCAAACUUAUCCUGAUUUAUGAUCUUCCUGGAACAUUUUUUCAUCCUGAUAGUGCUCCAUGUGAAUAACAGCUGUACGUCACACGACACUAAAAGAAGGUGUGGUUGUGACUCUUGAUUACACUGAGAGUUGGAGUGGACUCGGACCACAGAGUGAAUCGGGGAGUGGAGGAACACAUCGAGUUUGAGAGCUGAAGGAAUUUGUGGGAAUUUCAAGAAGCGUUUUUCCAGGAGUGACAGUUUUCCAGCUCACGCAGCACGACCAGUAUCAAUAUGAGUAAUAAUCAGGGGAUUGAGUCCGCCUAUGACAACAAAGGGUUCCAGUACGACAAUGGACGACCUCCUCCGUACAACCAAGAGGGGCAGCAGCAGAUCUACCCUCCCCUGUCUCAAGAGACGCCCACCUACGUUGCUGUGACCUCAGCACCCGUCAUCACCCAAUUCACUACAGCACCUUCACAACUACCACCUACCAUAGAACAAAAGCAAGGAAAAAAGAAAUGUCCAUGCAGCUACAUCGUGUGUGCAGUUCUGUGUGUGCUUGUUGUCCUGGCAGUGAUCGGCACCUUGCUGUGGUACUUCUUAUUCCACCAGUGUUUAAUAGGGAAGUCGUGUAGACCUGGAGGGAAGUGUUUGAGCCUGUCACAGUGGUGCGACGGAACCAGAGACUGUCCGCAAGGAGAGGAUGAAACUCACUGCUUGCGUCUGAAAGGCACCGAUUCCAUACUGGAAAGUUACUCAACAGACAGCGACAUGUGGCUGCCCGUGUGUGCUGAUUCCUGGAACAACGACUUUGGAAAGACUGUGUGCGAGCAGAUAGGCUACAUGAGCCGGGAUUAUGUGGCCUACAGCAAAAUCAGUACUUCAUCUCCCAAUGGUUACAUGACGCUACAGUAUGGAAGUGACCCUGACCUUCCAUUUAAACCACAGCUCGUUUACAGCGCAAGCUGCUAUUCCUCAGCUGUCGCACUUACUUGUAUAGAAUGUGGUAAGAGCUCAGCAGCCCCUAGUUCUCGUAUCGUAGGUGGUACAGAGGCAAAGAGUGGAGCCUGGCCUUGGCAGGUCAGUCUUCAGAUAAAUCGUCAGCACCUUUGUGGAGGCUCCAUCAUCAGCCCUUACUGGAUCCUAUCUGCUGCCCACUGCUUCCAACGUUACAACAGUGCUUAUAAUUGGAGGGUCUACGCUGGCGGUGUGAGCCUCCGCUCUAUGACCUCUGGAAAAUCUGUUCAAAAAAUCAUAAAUCAUGAAAACUAUGACCCAGAUACUCACGACAAUGACAUCGCUCUACUAAGGCUCAGUUCACCUCUGACUUUAUCUAGCACGGUGAAACCAGUGUGUCUCCCCAACGCUGGAGUUAGCCUCACAGCUGAACGUCAAGCCUGGAUCACAGGAUGGGGAGCCUUGCGUGUAUCUGGAUCUACCCCUGACAGACUCAAUCAGGCACAGGUGACUAUUUACAGCGAAGAGACCUGUAACAGACAAAGUGUGUUGAGCGGAAAAGUCACUGAGAGCAUGUUCUGUGCUGGGAAACUGGCGGGAGGAGUCGACACGUGUCAGGGUGACAGUGGAGGGCCUCUAGUGGCUAAGGAGGGGAAUCUGUGGUGGCUGGCAGGGGACACCAGCUGGGGCUAUGGAUGUGCUCUGAAGAACAAGCCAGGCGUCUAUGGCAAUGUAACCUACUUCCUUAACUGGGUAUAUGGACAAAUGCAGAAUGACUGAUCGAGACAUCAAACACACCUGAAGGCAUACCUCUUUCAUUAAGCGGCACUACUUUAACACUCAGCACUUUGAAUCUGUGACUACGCUGGAUCUUAUUGAACAGGAAGAUUGUAAAGCAAAACUGAUUAUAUAUCAAUUAUUGAUACAAAUGAUGGUUAUACUUGAACAAAAAUCAGUCUAUUUUGUUGUAAUUAUUUUUUGUUUGUUUUGAUUUUUUUGCACAAAGAGCUGAGCUUGGGUUUGACGGUGUGACAUUAUAUUUUCUGUAGAUGUAGACAUUUGCCUGCAGUCUCAUGUGGCUCAUGCCUGCAGUUCAUUUGACUGUUACUACACAUACUGAAAAACUCCACCUACAGUCCUGCAUCCACCUGCUGCCUCUCCACUAGUACAAAAUGAUAUGUUAUAAAGGGAACAGCGAGGUCAGAGCCUAGAAAUGCACUCAGUGAGCACUUAGCAGGCACAGGGGCAUACGGUAUGGCUGGACAUGCAGUUGCAACUUAGUAUGCAGCGAUGACCAUUUCAACAGACUUCACUCGAUAGAUUUUCAGGAGACCACACUACAGUAGUAGAACAUCAUGCCACUAGCUUGCAGUUUUGUUUAUUUUUUUAAAUAAUUUUUAUUUCCGAGCAACAGUGCACAUUUACCCCAGGGAGUUACAACUGAAUUAUCAAUUAAACUUAAAUAACUAAGUGUUUCCACACAUAUCAUAGUCUAUAUGUAUGUUGUAGUUUAAAAAUUGGUAUCCUUUCAUUCAGAAUCACUAAAACUGUACAUCAGAGGUUAAAACUGAUUUUGUUGUGGACAGUCAUUUUUUUUUUUCUUUACAUUUGAAUCAACUUCUGUGAUUUUGAAUGAACAACGCAGGGUGAUGACAUCACCAGUCCUUCAGUGUUUAUGGGACUGCAGCUCUCCAGGCAAAUGAAGUCAAACAUUUGAGUGCAGAAGACGAAUCAAAAAUAAACAACAGUCGGGCGUCAUUUGCUUAGAGUCAAACAACAUCAAACUGUGAGAUGAGUCCUGGUUGAUCCAAUCCUGGCUCAGGGUCAGGACAACAGGGCAGUUUCUUCAUUAAUUUCUUCAUUUGAGAUCAGUUGUUUUUUUGUUUUGUUUUUUAAAUCUGUUGUUUUUUACUGUUUAACAGUUGUUUCAUUUUGUCAUAGUAGAAUUUCCACCAAAGUUAUUUAAGAAGUUAGCCAUAGUUUUAUUUCGCAUCAGUUAAGCAAUUGAGUGUCUUACCUAUUUUAUCUGUAAUAACAUAUUUUUAGUAUUUGAAUAUGUGUUAUUCUGUACUGAAGUACUUUUGUGCUUUAUGAGCUCUUGCAUCAGGACGGCCACAAGAUGAGUCAUUUUUGGUAUCACUUUUCACGUACUUCAUUCCUUUUCUAAUCACCUUAUGUGCAAUAAUUAUAAUAAUUAAAAUGAAAAAUGCAGAUCUGGAAGACUUUUUGAGAAGGGAAGGCCUUUGGUAAGGCCUUAUAUUAAAUGUAUAGUAGAUGUUAUCAGACACUGUACAGCAGAGAUCGCUGAGGCCUUCAGUGACCUCCUGCCGGAACUGAAAUCAUGGUGUCUAUCUGUGAACUUUAGCUCAUGAUAGACGCCUGUUCUACUUGACUUGUUUGUGUUUUUGUUUUGUUUUUAGGAACAAUAUGCCCUGGUAUUGUUUUUUACAAGCUAUAAUAUUAAAUAUUACAUAAUAAUAUGUAGUUGUAAUAACAGUUUGGACUAAACAGUAGAUGGCCAUUAAAGGAACUGGGGAAGAACUGUUUUGUGCUUGUCCCUUUUAAAUAAAAAUAAAAAUCCGUUUUACCGAA